AUGACCAAGACAUCUGACGUGACCAUUGGGAAGCCCAUCUCAAACGCAUCGUGCCACAUUCUCGAUGCGGCGAUGCGGCAUGUUCCUCUUGGAGUCGUCGGCGAGAUAUAUUUGGGUGGGGUGGGGGUGUCACCAGGGUACAUCAAUUUGCCAGAGCUGACUCGAGAUCGAUUUCUGAAGGAUCCGUUUACGAAUGAUUCUGGGAUGAUGUAUCGAACGGGAGACUUGGGCCGACUUUUGCCCAACGGCCAGUUUGAAAUCCUCGGUCGCAUGGACAGCCAGGUCAAGUUGAAGGGGUACCGCAUCGAGUUGGACGAAGUGGCCAAUGCGAUGAUGCACCACCCUGAGAUAGUGUCGGCCGCGGUCGUCGUCAAGGACAAGUCCCAUCUCGUCGGGUAUUUCACGCCCGCCACCGUCAAUGUCGAAGGCUUGCGGCAAACGGUGGCCGACCUAUUGCCCGUGUAUAUGGUGCCUGCGAUGUGGGUUGGUCUGGACAUGCUGCCGCAUAACUGCAAUGGCAAAGUGGACAAGUUGGCACUGGCGGGGUUGGAGGCUACCUUGACCAUGGAGCCCAUGCAGACUGAGCUGGAGAUUGAACUGGCAGCCAUCAUCUCAACAGUUCUCAAGGUCAACCAGAGUGAGAUCGGCCGACACUCGUCGUUCGUGGCGCUGGGGGGCGAUUCCAUCACGGCCAUUUACCUCGCAGCUGCGUUGAAGCAACGUGGAUGGCGUGUAUCUGUGCGUGACAUCCUCGCGUCUGGGCGCUUGUGUGACCUUGCAACCGAAGCCAAGAGCCAGCCCCCUCUGCACCUUCCGGUGGUGUCAGACGUGGCACUCUCCACGGAAGUCAUCCAGGAAAUCAUGUCGCACUGGCCUACCUAUGAAUCGGCAUUUGCCACGACACCCGAGCAAUCGUUUCUAGUACAAUCGACCAUCCGAAUCCCGUCAAAUUGGGUGCUUCAAGUGCCGUUUCUCGAAUGGGGUGCCGCCAAGAUGGCAGUCGCGUAUGGCCAGUUGGCCGCGACAUGCGAGACGUUGCGGACGACGUUUGUCAGCAACCCCAUCGGAGUCUACCAUGUCGUCAACCCAGCUACGUCGUCGUCUAUCGAGUAUUCUUCAGCCACUUCAUUGAGUGAAUUCUUGGCCACGGACAAAGCCCGAGGGUUUACACUGGCCGAUCCGUCGUUUGCUCGGUUCACGGUGGUUACCUGUGGAGGCGAUUCUGUGGGCGUUCUGACCAUCCACCAUGCCUUGUACGACGGCUGGUCCAUUUCGCUGUUGCGAUCGGAUUUGUUCGAUACGUACUCUGGCCACCCAGUGUCGCAGCGUCCGUCUUUUCGAGCGCUGAUCCAACACCUGGCCAGUCACGACAUGACGAAAACAGUAGCGUUUUGGGCCAAUUACCUCGCGGGAGCACCACCGACGCCCUGUUUGUCCGACUUGGUGCCUCCAACAUCGUGUCCUGAACCCAACGACCUGUCGCUGGCUACACACGCCGCCUUGCCUCGCCUUCCCUCGGUCAUCCGGAGUCUUGGCGUGACCAUGUCCACCGUGGUGCUCCUCAGUUGGGCCAUGGCGCUGCAGCACCACACAAACCGACACGACAUCGUGUUUGGGCAAGUGCUGGCCAACCGCAACCUCGACGUGCACGGGAUCGACCAGUACGACCACCUCAUUUGGGAGUUGACACUAACGUUUUGGGGAGUAGGAUGCUCGGGUGCACUGUGA